AUGCCACCAAAGUUCAUCUCAAAGUGUGAUCAUAAGUCUAUCUGUUUGUCCUCCUCUACUCAUGCUACUGUAGCAGGUUUCAGGAGACAAGGCCCAAGGCAACGUCUUGCUGCGAUAAAAGCAGACAACCGAAGCUUCCCACGGGAAAACAAACUCUUCCUCGAAGAAGAUGACAGAGUUUUCCCUGCACCCUUGUUGCUGCCUGGAGAUGACCUUUCCGGGGACCCAGAAGACCCGCAGAGUUUUCAAGAAUGGCUUGGUGGGGAACACCGCAAUCCGGUAACUGCAAAACAAAACACUGUCUAUAUCGUUCCAUCUCCUCAAAUUGACCCCAAUGUUGACUUCAUGCGAACAUGGACAACACCAAAAUGUCCAGGCGAUGAGCAUUCCACAAAGCCUCCUAGUACAAAGGACGUCCAGGAUUAUCUGACUGCCUUCUACCACGGUCUUCCUGUCAAGAUGAUGCCACCAUCUACCUUGCGGUUCAUUCCAUGGGAAGAACCCACAAAGAGACCUCGGAAAAAGACAGGCCCGCAAUACCUGGGUCUGCAAUCCGGCGACGAGUGCGUGCGGAUUCGCUCACGUACCUUGCCAGAGGGGGCAUAUGGGGGCCAAGUCAAUCUAGAUGAUCUUCUCGAUACGGCCGUUAGCAUUUUACCAAAGGAUGCAUAUGCCCUUUUGAUUCUUGUGGACUUCGAUCUCUACGAGGAUGACGAGGACGAGUUUGUAUGUGGCCGUGCAUACGGAGGAAGUCGCGUUGCAGUGGUAUCCAGUGCAAGAUACAACCCCAUACUGGAUAAUAUGCAAGAUGUUGAGCGUCUCCAUGCAUGGCCUGCGUCGCAUUGCAAUAAGUACAUGUCGGCUUGUGCUUCGGCGGAACCAACUGCAAAGAGACAGAAAAGAUCUCAGGUCAACAGUCGAGGAUCACAAAAUUCGACUUCGGAGCUAAACGGUCCUGUGAGGGAUGCAGUAUCAGUCUACCGUUCCCUCCCAGAAGUAGAUUCAUCACCUUCAUUGCUGUCUGCGCUCUGGUUGGGCCGUGUUUGUCGGACGGCGAGCCAUGAAUUGGGACAUUGCUUUGGUGUUGCCCAUUGCGUGUACUACGCAUGCUCAAUGCAGGGCACCGCGUCUAUCAGCGAGGACGCAAGACAGCCACCUUAUCUCUGUCCGGUUGAUCUGGCGAAGAUACUUUGUGCCACGUCAACGUCUGCGUCUGAGCGAUACCGGGCUCUUCUAGCGUUUUGUGAACGGCCUGGUAAUAGUGGUACACAUUUCUUCGCACCGUUGGCUACUUGGAUCCGAAGUAGGUUAGCCCAGAUCAAGGACUCGACAUGA